UUAAAAUGGUGUCAGGCUGCAUUUAUUUCUACAGUGUGGAUGUACCCUAAAAAAUGGAAGAUAAAGAUAAAUGUCAGCUGCCUCCAGAAUCCCUUGUAGAGCAUGUGUGAACAGCAAAGCAAAGAGAAAUGAGAAAUGCAGAUAGGACUGCCUACAGUGUUGGGAGAAAUGCAUAGAUCUGUAAGUUUGGCCAUCAAAAUGGAAAUCAUAAGAAAAGUGGAAGCAGGUGAAAGAAAAGACACUCUCUCAGUGCACUUUUGAAGAAGCUUUCAAGUGGUUCAAAAUGCAAGACCAGGUUUCAGUUCCCACUUGGUCAUGAAACCAACAGGGUGACCUUGGGCAAGUCACAUGCUCUCAGCUUUAGGGGGUAGGUAAUGACAAGACCCCUAUGAACAAAUCUUGCCAAGAAAACCUUACGAUGGGGUCAACUUGAAGGCACAGAAUACACAUGCAACAGAAGGCUUACCGAACUGGGUUGUUUCAUUUGACAAGUUUCAUUUUGAAUAAAUAGCUUGCUGAACCAUGUUAAAUAGUUCUUUUUUCUUCUUCUUCUUUCCAUUUCUUCAUCUGGUACCAAAUUUAUUCUUACAUUCAUACUAGGUCUCAUCAAGGCAGGAGAGUGUUUUGCUAACAGUCCACUCCUAUGACGAUCCAGCCACCAUCAUUCUCUCGGGCUGAGACUCACAUCCAUUGGCCCUCCAGAUACUUUGAAAUUCAGCUCCCAGAAACUCCAGCCAGUAUGGCUAGUGGCAAGACACUCUGGGGAGCUGAAAUCUAAUAUAUCUGGAGGGCAAAAAGUUAAAAGCCUGUGCUCCAACGCUCAGGUCAAGAACUAACUGAGUAGCUUCCUCCUGUUACCUAAAUUGCAGGAGGUCCCACUAGGGCACCCACAAAUUUUACACAAUGGGAAAAUUCAGUUAGUUCAAUAGGAGUCAGCAAGACAGUUCUGGUAACGUAAAGCUGGGAUCUGGACCUGUGUAUAAUGGUUCCACACCCAGAGAACUCCAGAGGCAGUUUCCAAAUUAAUUUAGUUUAAUUAGGACACUUUUUCACCAACACACUCACAGAAGAACCAAUGAAACAAAGGUUAAUAGUGAGUUGCAGGGUUGCUAAGGGGUAACACUCUACAGAUCCUAAAGCAUUGCUCCAAUUGCGGGACUGCCGGACUGAAAGUGGCUCAGUAGCUGCCUGCAUAAUGUGGAGUGGCCAGAUACUGAGGUGCCCAGUUGAAAUAGAAUAGAGGUUCUGUCCAGUUUCAGACUGGACCAAUUUGCUAGUGCUUAGGCCCUUAUAUUUAUUCCCAGAAAUGAGCCUUAAGAGCAGUAUUUCAGGAGUUGAUAGAUUUAAGUGACUUUCCCAGAGGAAAAGAAUGGGGUGCGAUAUGCAAGAACAUCCAGACAAUCAGCAUUAAUGUUCUCAGACAAAAAGAAUGUCAUUCCCAAAAGGAAACUCCCAUUGUCUGUUAUACACAUACAGUUGCCCAGGCCAGUUCACUACCACCAUUCCCUUAGUGAAGGGACUACUGUAUACUAAUUCUGAUCUUGAGAGAGCUUAUCAUAGCUAAGUGCCUUGGGCUUCUCCCAUGCUGAGCCAUCCGGAUGUCCCAAUAUGGUAUGGCUCGUUUCCUGUAGUGGGAAGCCCUCUUUUGGUUAAUUGCCGGUAACCUCCCUGUUUGAUAUUAGUUUGAUAUCAAGGGUCACAGAGGGGAGACACUCUUAAGAAAAUAUGUUUCAUAGGAAAUAUGAGGAAACCAUAAAAGAUACAAGAGUCUUUUGUGUGGUCAUACAAGUGCCCUGGUUGCUUUGAUUACAAAGGUUUACAGAUUACUUUUCAGAUAUUCCUGGGUGCGGUGAGUUGGAAGGGAUCAUAAAAGUUUGACUAUUUAAUCUUAAAUCUGCAGACUUCCUUUUCAGUAAAGCUUGCUUGGCUGAUGACUCACACAAAGCUGGCUAAAAAAACCAACCAAAAGACCAAGUGACCUGUGAUUCCAAGGACCUUUCAAAGUAACUAGGUGCACACUGACCAACAAAGUGAUUUGAAGCUUGGAGCCUGUCUGAAAGAAAAUUUUUAAGCGGUCCGUGGUAUCUGUAAAACUCUCCUUCAGCACCACAUUUCAGUUGAGUCAGUUCUCUGCCUAUCAGCAUUCUUCACUAGACAUUUUUCACACCCAUACAUAGACAUUGAAAAUACUAUGGCCUGGACGAGUCAGACUUUAGUACUUAAUGGUAUGUUAUUACAUUUAAAGAUCAUAUUACGUUCCUUUAUGGCUGCCUAUUCCACGCCUUAUAGUCUUCUUCUGAUUACUUACAGUUUCCAUUUUAGUUAUUGACUCGGUCUAAGGUAUAGGAAAUCUUCCACUGUUUCAGUGUCAUAACUUUGUGCCACUGUGGCUGACUGUACCAUCAUGCUUAAGGAUGUCACCAACGGCUGCCCCCUGAAACACCACCAGGGCCUGCCUCUUGUGGUAUUUCAAGGGGUAGUUCCUAGAUCUCAAGUUUUGAUGCUGAAAUCCUAGGAGCUGGCAUAUUCCUGGUUCUGCAACCCUUCUUCUAUUAGCAGUGCCCCUUAUUUUCCAUCUACAUCCUCCUGAUGAUGAUGAUAGUGGUGGUGGUGGUGGUGGUGGUGCUUAGGCCUUGUGUAGCCUGUGAAACAGGGAUAUGAAACUGGAGUCAACAUUGUAGAGUCAGAAGAAAUUAUGGGUACAGUCAAAGUCAGAAGAAAUGUACCGACUCUGGCUUCAAAAUAAAAAUUUAAAAAAACUAUUUUACACUUUUUGAUUUUCAGGGAAAAAAUGUAGUUUCGACUGACAAUUUAUAUAUAAGGUUUGCAAAUUUAUGAUGGAGCAGAGGAUCGAGGGCCAGGAUUACCUAGAUAAUUCCCUUUCCCUCCCCACCCCACCCCUUUUUUGGCCUUAUAGUAUAAGAUACAUAAGGAAAUAAUGUGAAUAGGUGUGGACUUUCCCUUGAGCUGACUCAGCUAUUUAUCUGGGAGGGCGAAGGCCACACUCCACAGCCCAAGGCAGGCUGGCAGGCACACCAGGAGAGAACUAAGGAUCUGUCCAUUGUCUGCCUUGCAUCUGAUCCCUGCUAAGAAAAGAAGGGGGGGGGGGGAACCAUCAAACCAAACAUGCUGCUCCCUAGAGAUCUCCUUCUGCUUUUCUGUCUGAGUGUUGUGAGUGGGUUCCGUCCCAACCAUGAAUCAGGUGGGAUUGAUCCAGGUGACUUCACAGAUACUGACAUCACGGAAAUGGGGGUGCUACGAGCCGUGGCAUGGUACAUGGAGAGGAACCCUCUGCCUGGAAAACCACCCAUGACCCCAGGACAGCUAGAAAAUAUGAAGCCACUGAAUGCUACCGGACUCUUCAAGGCCUAUUUCCAAGCUGAUGUCUCUCCCAAUCGAUUCAUGAAAGCCCUUCAAGAAAUUACCGCUGGGAAUAAUCUUGUGGAGAUCUACCACAUAGAGGACAGCAGCUUCUUCUUCUACUGUGAAGAGAUUACAAAAAGUAUUAGUCAACUCCGAAUCCUGAGGGACUCUGUGCUGUCUGGCCUGAAAGGACCUGUGAAUUCGACCGCUUUGGAGUCAGCUCGCCUAAGCGUUGGGAAGGCCCUCCACGUGCUCCAGAAAUUCUACAGCAACACUAACUGGGUUGAAAUGGGAAACAGCAAGCCUUAUGAAUACCUGUUAAACGCAACCAGCCGGGCAUUUCCUGCAGCUCCCGCUUCUAAGACAACUUGUAGCAACUGUGUCAAAGAGUCAAGUGGCUGGUAUUCAUGCAAUGAAAACAUUCUAGUGAAAGACAUGCUCACAAGUGGCUACAAGUUGUCAGCAACCUGCAGGACCAAACCAAAAGGCAAAUGUGGACACGGUGGUAGAAAUGAUGUCACCCAGAAUUUUCCUCCCACGGGUGGCAUCAACAAAGAGACUUCAGAUCCUCGACUCUCCCCACACUAUCGGUUACACAAGCAAGCAGCUGAAUUAGCCAUACAAGCGACAAGAGACUUCUUCAUAGGUGAAGGAUCCGGCCUCCUAAGCCACAUUGGACAUGAUACCUUCCAGAAGUUUUUCAGCUUGGAAGGUUAUUCCCUCACCUUUGCAAUAGACACAACUGGAAGUAUGUCAGAUGAUAUCCAACAGGUCAAAAACACCUGCAUUGAAAUCCUCCGAGAAUAUUCUGGAUCUCCUGAUGCACCUUUUAACUACAUCCUUGUGCCCUUCAAUGAUCCAGAUGUUGGCCCAGUCCUGAAGACCCAGAAUGUGGAUGAAUUUGAGUCCUAUAUCUCUAAACUCAGAGCUAUUGGGGGUGGCGAUUGCCCAGAGAUGUCAUUAACUGGCUUGAAGCUGGCACUACAAGAGAGUUUGCCAAGGUCAAAGAUCUUCACCUUUACUGAUGCUGGGGCUAAAGAUAAAUGGCUGAAGGAUGAGAUCAAGGUCCUGAUCGAUUCCUCUGGGUCUGAGUUGAACUAUGCCCUCACUGGAUACUGUUCCAGCCGCAGACGGAGAAGCAUGGCUGAGGAAGAAAGAGAAGCCUUUGGAAAAACUUAUGCUAAUCUCUACGAAGAACUAGCAGCUUAUUCUGGUGGCUACUAUGUGAUGACCACCAAAAGUGAGCUCUCCCAGAUCCUGGGAAUAAUGGAGCUUUCCCUGAAUGCUGCCCCUGUGAAGGUGGCCCAUAUUCAACUGAACGGGGCACAGUUCUCCUUCCCUGUGGAUGAGACUCUCACAGAAAUUACUGUCUCGGUCAAGAGCUUAAGAUCCACUGGAUUCAGCAUGACUGUGUUGCAGCCUUCAGGGACCCCAUCAACAUUCACUGAGAUGGUGAUCAACACACCCAAGCACAAGGUUGUGAAGGUGUCUCCUGUCCAUGAGAGGGGUUCGUGGAGUGUGACAGUCUCUCCCAGUGGUGCCUAUGAGGUGGAAAUAGGAGGCAAGAGCUUGCUUGACUUCUCCUAUCAGAUUAUGCAAAAGCAGAAAGAGUAUGUGCUCCCAGUCCAAGGAAGGCCUGUGAAAGGUGCAAACUACACUUUCUCCAUGAAGCUGAUGGGGGACGCCAAAGGUACCGAGGUCCAGCGCCUGGCCUACACUACUGGACAGGGGGUUCCCAUUGGCUCUGUCACUUUGAACCAAACCUUUGAUGCUUUUGGCAACCUCUUGGCCAUAGCUCCCAUUUCUUUGCAUGCUCCGACUACCUUGCUGAUUGUGGAAGGCCAAUCUCCAGGACAUCAUCCUUUUUCACGAGUCAGUGCUGAACCCAUCAGUACAGAGUCGGUACAGAUCAUGUCAUUGCCAGACCAAAAUGGGACAAUGUCACCCGGAGAGACCUUGGAGCUCUCUGUCCUGGUGGUGAAUGAUGGGCCAGCAGCUUCAUUCACUUUCAAGGUCUGGGAUGACCUGAGUCUCCUAAGGAGUUUCAAGCCAACAGGAAGCUUCUUAAAUCCAGGAGAAAAUAUCACCCUCACGGCAACUUUCAUGGCAUCUGGAGAAAACAGCAGCUUUGCUUCCAGUAUUGCAACGUUCGCUGCAAACAGCUCAACAGCCCAGAACUACCUGAAGCUGCCCAUCACUGUCAUCCCUGAGACAGCCCUGGAAACGGAUGAGGUCCCGCCAGUCUACAAGCUUCUAGACUUUUACAUGCCUUGUGUAAGCAAACUUCAGAAAAAGCCCCUCUGUUCUGGGCACAACUGGUUCAUGAGAUUUUCUGCUAAGGAUGCUCAGAGUGCUGUCACUGUCCGAGUCAAUACUAACCCCUCUGGUCUGUCGUGCAGCCCCCAAGAGACCGGCGACAACAAGGAUCUUAUCUGUCACUAUGCGUCCGACUGCUGUUCUCCAUAUGCAGAAGUCCUGAUUAGUGAUGAAAAUGGAAACACAGACACUCUCACAAUAGAGUACCGGCGUCCCCGUCCCAUGGCAGCCUAGUAGAUAACAACAAAACUGAAGCUGGGCCUGCUGAAUUCCUAUACAACUACUUAAGCUACAGAGGAAAAUAUAGCAUCUGUGAGCAUGGAACAUUUUGCAUCUCCGGGAGCCAGGAGUCUAGUGGAUUCGAGAAAGGAAGGACACUGACAAAUGCUUUUCAUUAAAAAUCAAUUUCUCCUCUUGUCUCUUCAUCAGCCUGACAGAUUUCCUCUAUCAUAUGACAACUCCGACAGCCAAUUGCCUAUUAUGGAUCCUGUUUCUGGUUUGUUGGUGCCAUUUCGAAGGAGAUACUAUCUAGAAGUGGUAGUACGCUGUCAACAUACCUUCACCACAGCACACAGAGCCAAAUAAAACAAACUUCAGAUAGCAAUUGUUCCUGUUUCUAUAGUAUUUCUAUAGUAUUCCUCAGUAACAAAGUGUCCAUCAGUUUGAAGAUCCUUCAGUUUGAAAGUCUGAGUCUUCAUGGAUACACUCUCCUGUUCCCAUGUCAAAUGUGCCACUGGAGAACAUAGCAAUGUCAAGAAAAUCCGACUGUAAGAUAAGGUUUCUUCCACUUCUUUCCCCUGCUGCAAAUAGAGCAUGCUACAGCCACCAUCUUGUUCAGGACAUGCGCAGGGUGUAAAGGGAGAUAUAAUCUUGUUAAAGGGCCUACCCUGUGUAAGACUGAACCCACUAGGGAGGAUGCUCUAGUAUGUGUUUAUAUUACUACAGGCAGGGGAUAUAAUUGGCUCUAUGCAAGUCAGAUGAAUGACAGCAGCUAAAGUGAUGCAGAUUGUGCCUAGGAUGGAGUAUGGGUUGUUAUUGUUGUUGUUAUCUGCCUUCAAGUCAUUUCCAUCUCACUGUGACCCUAAGGCGAACCUAUCAUGGCAAAUCUUGGCAAGACUUGUUUAGGAGAGAUUUGCCUUUGCAAUUCUCUGAGGACUCUGCUCUCCAGCUCUCUGGAUAUUGUCAUUGUAUGCCUUCAGUUCAUCUCUGAUUUAUGGCGACCCUAUCCUUGGGAUUUUCAUGGCAACUUUUUUUCCUAGUAGUUUUGACAUUGUCAUUCUCCGAGGGAGCAUCACUUGCCCAACAACAUCCAGUGGGUUUAAUGGCUGUAUGAAGAUUCAAACCUUGGUCACUCAGGGGGAUUGUCUGCACAAUUAAAAUACUCCUCAGUCUAGUCAGUUACUGUUUAAUCUGGCCACA